GUGGCCUCAGUCACCAAUCUGACACCCGGCAGGUAUACAGUAAGCACUGUCAUGUACCCAUAAGUUAUAACUGAUCACUCCCAACACAUAUCUAACGUCCAUCAAUAACUAUUUGCUGGUUGGGCGUUUCGGGGCUUGGGGAUCUCAGAACCAAGCAAAUGGCUAAAAGUACCCCAGAGUCUGCUGCCAUUGACACUGUUCGUUAAGCACCCUCACUUUCUGCCACCGGUCCUAUGCGACAGGCUUGGGGGAGAGAAGGGAAGAAGGGAUGGACAGAGUGAGUGGGGAGCCAGUGGGUGGGGGCUCUUGGGACUCAGAUCAAAGCAGAGGGAACAGCGGAAAUGCAGGAAGAUCCAAAUGAACACGGUGUAUGGGAACACCAAGACCCUCCUCACCUCGUCCCCGCCAAAGGGACCCCACCCUCAUCCUCUUUAUGGGCGCGGCACUCCCAGGGGCCGCUCCCCUGGGCAGGUUUCCUGCAGUGCCUGCACAUGUGUGCCUGCGCGCGUGUGUUUGCACGCGCCCGGCCGCGCUGACGCAAACGCAAACUGAGCCCAAGUGCUGGGAGGCGGCUGGGCCUUCCCUGCGCCCGCCAGGCCGCUCUGCCUGGUGGCCGCCCUUAUCUCGGUCCCCGCCCGCCCGCCUUCCCCGCCUGUCUCUCGCCCCUCCGAAGCUGCCGGCCGCGUAUCGGCCGCGGCUCGGCUCGUUAAUCACUCCUGCGCUCCGCUUCCCACACGCUGGAAAUGCUGCUGGAAACUCUGAGUGGCCCGUGUCGGCCCGCCCCGACGCCAGCCCUGCAGCUGGGAAACCAGAGCGGGCUCCCCGGGGACCCUCAGCGGCCCCUCCCGGCGCCGCCUCCCGGCCGGCCCGGCCCCCUCGGCCGGGGGCCACAGUGUCCCCGCCGCCGCGCGUCCUGACGGAGGACACUCACUCCCCUCCUCCCCGGCCCCCAGUCCGGAUCUGAGACCCAAACACUGCCCGCCGCGCCGUGCGACUGUCACGGUCCUGCCUCCCGCGCGCCUCCUCGGGCGCCCUGCCCGACCCAGCCCGUCCCGACCGGUCACGAGGGCCCGACGGCCCGCGCUUCUCCCUGCCCUCCCUCCCUCCCCGAGUGCCGCCGCGGCCGCGCCAGGCAGAAGCCAGGCAGGGAUGCUCCUGCGCUCCCGCCACCUGCUCGCCGCCUGGGAAGAGAGCACGCAGAGGAGCAGCUGGCACACCCAGAGUCCUCCGACUUUGACCCAAGCAUGCAGGGCCCACCCUGCAGCCUCCCUGCUGGGCUCAGCCUGGACGACUUCAUCCCUGGGCACCUCCGGACCCAUCUAGGGUCAUCGUCCCGGGGAACACGGGUGCCUGUGAUCCGGAAUGGUGGCUCCAACACCCUUAAUUUCCAGUUCCAUGACCCCGCGCCCAGGACUGUGUGCAAUGGCUACUUCACACCGAGGAGAGAUGCCUCCCGGCACCCAGACCCUGCUUGGUACCAGACCUGGCCAGGCCCUGGGAGCAGGCCUUCUGCAAGCACAAAGACUCCUGCCCCGCAGCCCGCCCAGAACUGGUCAGCUACGUGGACCAAGGACAGCAAGCGUCAGGACAAGCGCUGGGUCAAGUACGAGGGAAUCGGGCCCGUGGAUGAGAGCGGCAUGCCCAUUGCCCCCCGAUCCAGUGUUGACAGCCCCAGGGAUUGGUACCGGAGAAUGUUCCAGCAGAUUCACCGCAAAAUGCCAGACCUGCAGCUGGACUGGACCUAUGAGGAAACACCCAAAGACUCCAGGCAUCCAGCGCCCCAGCAGAGACCUGUCUCCAGGCCCGACCAGGCAGCAUCUUUCAGCGGAAGAAGCUGGGAACAGUCUGAAGAGUUACCUAGAAGCACCUUCAACUAUAAUCCUGGAGCAUCUUCUGGGCUCCAGCCCCCAAAUCAGGUGCCCAGGCGCCGAGAAAAGGCAGACAACGUCUGGAGAGAAGACUCCUGGAACCAGUUUCUGCAGGAGCUAGAGACUGGGCAGAGGCCCAAGAAACCGCUGGUGGAUGAGCCUGUUGAGAAGCCCUCCCAGCCCAUCGAGGUCCUGCUGGAAAGAGAGCUGGCCAAGCUGAGCGCAGAGCUGGAUAAGGACCUGCGGGCGAUCGAGACCCGACUGCCGUCGUCCCCCAAGAGCUCGCAGGCGUCCCGACGGGCCCCGGAGCGGCGGCCCCCAGCCGGCCCGACCACAGCCUGGAGCUCCAGUGCCCCGCAGACACCUUACCUGGGUUCCUCCCGAGCCCUGAGCCCCCACAGAAUGGCGGAUGCAGGAAGCCCCUUCCUAGGUCGCAGGGACUUUGUCUACCCUUCCUCAACCCAAAACCCCAGUGCGUCUGAAGGAGGGGGCAGCCCAGCCAGGAGGGAGGAGAAGAAGAGGAAGGCCGCUCGGCUCAAGUUUGACUUCCAGGCACAGUCCCCCAAGGAGCUGACGCUGCAGAAGGGUGACAUCGUCUACAUCCACAAGGAGGUGGACAGGAACUGGCUGGAGGGGGAGCACCACGGCCGACUGGGCAUCUUCCCUGUUAAUUACGUGGAGGUGCUGCCCGCAGAUGAGAUCCCCAAGCCCAUCAAGCCCCCGACCUACCAGGUGGUGGAGUAUGGAGAAGCCUUGGCCCAGUACAACUUCAAGGGGGAGCUGGAGGUGGAGCUGUCUUUCCGCAAGGGGGAGCGCAUCUGCCUGAUCCGAAAGGUGAACGAGAACUGGUACGAGGGGCGCAUCCCGGGCACGGGGCGCCAGGGGAUAUUCCCCGCCAGCUACGUGCAGGUGUGCCGCGAGCCCCGGCUCCGGGUCUGCGAGGAUGGCCCCCAGCUCCCUGCGUCUCCUCGCCUGACUGCUGCCACCCGCCUGGCCCGUCACCCCAGCUCCCCCUCAGCGCCACGCAGCCCAGCUGACCCCACCGACUGGGGGGGCCGGACGUCACCCCGCCGCACUGGCUUCUCUUACCCUGCCCAGGAGCCCAGACCCCAGCCCCAGAGUCUCAGCACCGCAGGGUCAGCUCUGUCCCACCCUCAAAGCUCCAGCCGGCCCCUGGACCUGAGGGCCCCCUCCCCUAACACGACUCAGAUACACUGGACCCCGUACCGGGCGAUGUACCAGUACAGGCCCCAGAACGAGGAUGAGCUGGAGCUGCGCGAGGGGGACCGGGUGGAUGUCAUGCAGCAGUGUGACGAUGGCUGGUUUGUGGGUGUCUCCCGGCGGACCCAGAAAUUUGGAACGUUCCCUGGAAAUUACGUCGCCCCGGUGUGAGUGGUCCCCGUGGCGACUCGGAGCCAGCCAGGAUGGGGUGGGAGCAGUAGCGCUCGUGGAAGGGGGCGUGGACCCCCAUCCUCCUUCCGCAGGACCUGAGCUCCCGGCAUCUGCAGACGCCCCCAGCAGCCCUUCCCUUGGAGCCCCCGCGAAGCCCCCCGGACUGAUUCCCACCCACAACUCGCAGGCAUUCCUCCAGCAGCCCUUUCAUUUCCGCCCCGCCCCACUCCCAAAUACAGAGGUCUGCUUUGAAGCGGAGACUGUUUCCAGGCCUUAUUGAGACCAGACCCCCGGGCCCCCACCCCCACCCCGCUAUGGUUUCCUCUAACAGGGACGGGCUCUGCUUCACCCCCAUGGGGUUCCUCUAACAAGGACCAGCUUCCUAACCUCACAGAGACCAAAGGCCUCCUCCGCUUGGAGGGGUCCCUCCCCUUUAACUCCAGCUUUCCCCCCCACCCCGCCCCCUUUGCCUUCUUGCUUCCAGCUGGGCCUGGGAGUGAGGUGGGGGCCAGGUGUGGCAGCUCCUCACCUCCAGGCCCUGCAAGGGGUCUUGCUUUAAGGCCUGCUCUGCACAGAGGCUGCCAUGCUCUGGGCCUGGGCUCUGCGCCUCUGGCCCGGCCCAGAUGUGUGACAGCCCAAUGUCGCUGCCCUCCUGCCUGCCACCUCCCCUCCCCCCCCCCAGCCCCCAAGCUCCCCUGGGAAGAGAAUAUAAAAUAAAUCUGGAUACCAGGGA